UCGGCACUUCCUGUUCCGGUCGCUGGCUCGUACUUCCGGUACGUCGUUGCUAUAGGAACGGCUCCGCGUUCGGAAGGGCCUGAGUUGCGUGCGAUCAGUCGGGGGUGAGACUUCUGGAGAGGCACGUGGUCUGGUGACCCAGAGAUAAGCGCCAGCGCUCUGACCCGGGACCAUGUCCUCCGUGGUAGCCCAGUCGCUGCAUGUGUUUGGACUUCGAGCUCACGUAGCCAACAAUAUCUUCUUCUUCGACGAGCAGACCGUUAUGUUUCCUUCAGGAAAUCACUGUGUGAAGUACAAUGUGGAUCAGAAAUGGCAAAAAUUCAUUCCAGGCUCAGACAAGAGCCAGGGCAUGCUGGCCUUGUCCAUCAGCCCCAAUCGGCGAUACCUGGCUAUCUCGGAAACCGUGCAAGAAAAACCUGUCAUCACCAUUUACGAACUGUCAUCUAUCCCUUGCCGGAAGCGCAAAGUCCUUAGCAAUUUUGAUUUCCCAGUUCAGAAAUUUAUUAGCAUGGCUUUUUCUCCAGACUCCAAAUACCUGCUGGCUCAGACAUCAGCCCCAGAGUCCAACCUUGUCUAUUGGCUAUGGGGAAAGCAGAAAGUCAUGGCCAUCAUCAGAACUGACAUUCAGAACAACCCCAUCUAUCAGGUGAGCUUCAAUCCCCAGGAUAACACACAGGUUUGUGUCACCGGAAAUGGGAUAUUUAAGCUUCUCCGUUUCACUGAGGGAACUCUGAAGCAAACCAAUUUUCAGAGAGGAGAACCACAGAACUAUCUAGCCCACGCCUGGGUGUCUGAGGACAGGAUUAUCGUUGGCACUGACACAGGCAAGCUCUUCCUCUUUGAAUCUGGAGAUCAGCGCUGGGAAACAAGUAUCAUGGUCAAGGAGGCCACCAGCGGCUCAAAGAGCCUGGAUAUCAUCCAGGAGUCAGAGAGCCUGAUCGAAUUCCCACCAGCCAGUUCCCCAGUCCCUUCCUACGAGCAGAUCCUGACGGCCAGCAACUACAGCCAGCUCUCCAUGCCCCAGGUGUUUACCAUUGCAGCCUAUUCCAAGGGGUUCGCCUGCUCGGCUGGGCCGGGGAGAGUGCUGCUGUUUGAGAAGAUAGAAGAGAAGGAUUUUUACCGGGAGAGCAGGGAAAUCCGGAUCCCUGUGGACCCACAGAGCAAUGACCCGAGUCAGUCCGACAAGCAGGACAUUCUCUGCAUGUGCUUCAGCCCCUCGGAGGAGACCCUGGUUGCCAGCACCAGCAAGAACCAACUCUACAGCAUCACCAUGUCCCUGACAGAGAUCAGCAAAGGGGAACCUGCUCACUUUGAGUAUCUGAUGUACCCAUUGCACUCAGCGUCCAUCACUGGUCUAGCCACCUGCAUCCGCAAACCCCUCAUUGCCACCUGUUCUCUGGACCGGUCCAUUCGCAUCUGGAAUUAUGAAUCCAACACCCUGGAACUGUUUAAGGAGUACCAAGAAGAGGCAUAUUCUAUCAGCCUUCACCCAUCUGGACACUACAUUGUAGUAGGGUUUGCUGACAAAUUACGCCUAAUGAACCUACUCAUUGAUGAUAUUCGUUCUUUCAAAGAAUAUUCCGUCAGAGGAUGCAAAGAGUGCGCCUUCAGCAAUGGAGGCCACCUGUUUGCUGCAGUCAAUGGAAAUGUGAUUCACAUUUUUACCACCACGAGCCUAGAGAACAUCUCAAACCUGAAAGGACAUACAGGGAAGGUGCGCUCAGUUGUGUGGAACGCAGAUGACAGCAAACUGAUUUCAGGCGGCACAGACGGCGCAGUGUAUGAGUGGAAUCUGUCGUCAGGGAAGAGGGAGACGGAGUGUGUGCUCAAGUCCUGCAGCUACAAUUGUGUCGCCAUCUCCCCGGAUUCCAAAAUCAUCUUUGCUGUGGGAUCAGACCAGACACUCAAGGAGAUCGCGGAUUCUUCCGUCCUUCGAGAGAUGUCAGCAUAUGAAGUCGUCUACACAGCCAUUGUCAUCUCACAUUCUGGGCGCAUGAUGUUUGUGGGCACCUCCAUAGGAACCAUUCGUGCAAUGAAGUACCCUCUGCCUUUGCAGAAAGAAUUCAACGAGUACCAGGCCCAUGCUGGUCCUGUCACCAAGAUGCUGCUCACCUUUGAUGACCAAUUCCUGCUGACUGCCGCUGACGACGGCUGCCUGUUCACUUGGAAGGUCUUUGAUAAAGACGGCCGGGGGAUCAAGCGAGAGAGGGAGGUGGGCUUUGCCGGUGAGGUGCUCGUGACUAAAACAGACAUGGAAGAGAAGGCUCAGAUUAUGUUGGAGCUGAAGACCCGAGUGGAAGAACUAAAAAUGGAGAAUGAGUAUCAGCUCCGGCUGAAGGAUAUGAACUACACCGAGAAGAUCAAGGAGCUGACAGACAAGUUCGUCCAGGAAAUGGAGUCCCUGAAAACCAAAAACCAGGUUUUGAAGACAGAAAAGGAUAAGCAGGAUGUGUCUCAUCGCGAGCACAUAGAAGACCUCCUGGACAAGCAGAGCAGAGAACUGCAGGAUCUGGAAAGUUCCAACAACCAGAAGUUGCUACUCGAGUAUGAGAAGUACCAGGAGCUGCAGCUCAAGUCCCAGAGGAUGCAGGAGGAGUAUGAGAAACAGCUUCGGGACAACGACGAGACCAAGAGCCAGGCCCUGGAGGAGCUGACUGAGUUUUACGAGGCCAAACUGCAAGAGAAAACCACUCUUCUGGAAGAGGCACAGGAAGACGUCAGGCAGCAGCUGCGGGAGUUUGAGGAGACCAAGAAGCAAAUUGAAGAAGACGAAGACCGAGAAAUCCAAGAUAUCAAAACCAAGUAUGAGAAGAAGCUGCGGGAUGAAAAGGAAUCCAAUCUGCGCCUCAAAGGGGAGACAGGCAUCAUGAGGAAGAAGUUCAGCAGCCUGCAGAAGGACAUCGAGGAGAGAACCAAUGACAUUGACGUCCUGAAGGGGGAGCAGGUGAAGCUGCAGGGAGUCAUUAAGUCCCUGGAGAAGGACAUCCAAGGCCACAAGCGGGAGAUCCAGGAGCGCGAUGAGACAAUUCAGGACAAGGAGAAGCGAAUCUAUGACAUGAAAAAGAAAAACCAAGAACUAGAGAAAUUCAAGUUUGUGCUCGACUAUAAAAUAAAGGAGCUGAAGAAACAAAUAGAACCUCGAGAAAACGAGAUCAAGGUGAUGAAGGAACAGAUUCAGGAGAUGGAAGCCGAGCUGGAGCAUUUCCACAAGCAGAACACACAGCUGGAGCUGAACAUCACGGAACUGUGGCAGAAGCUAAGAGCCACGGACCAGGAGAUGCGCAGGGAGAGGCAGAAGGAGCGGGACUUGGAGGCGCUGGUCAAACGGUUUAAGACGGACCUUCACAACUGCGUGGCCUUCAUCCAGGAGCCCCGGUUGCUGAAGGAGAAGGUCCGCGCCCUCUUUGAGAAGUACGUGCAGCGGGCAGACAUGGUGGAGAUCGCGGGGCUGAACACAGACCUGCAGCAGGAGUACGCCCGUCAGCGGGAGCACCUGGAGAAGAGCCUGACCACCGUCAAGAAGAAGGUGGUCAAGGAGAAGGAACUGCACCGCACCGACUACGUGCGCAUCAUGCAGGAAAAUGUUUCUCUGAUCAAGGAAAUCAAUGAGCUACGCAGAGAGCUGAAGUUCACCCGCUCUCAAGUCUAUGACCUUGAAUCGGCUCUGAAAUUAACCAAGAAAAUCCGACCACAAGAAGCUCCAGAAGCAGGCAGCGCCGGCCCUGAAAAAGCAGAUUUAAACCCAGUCUUCGGCCGGCACCGCGGCUCACUAGGCUAAUCCUCCGCCUAGCGGCGCCGGCACACCAGGUUCUAGUCCCGGUCGGGGCGCCGGAUUCUGUCCCGGUUGCCCCUCUUCCAGGCCAGCUCUCUGCUGUGGCCAGGGAGUGCAGUGGAGGAUGGCCCAAGUGCUUGGGCCCUGCACCCCAUGGGAGACCAGGAGAAGCACCUGGCUCCUGCCUUCGGAUCAGUGCGGUGUGCCAGCUGCAGCACGCCAGCCGUGGCGGCCAUUGGAGGGUGAACCAAUGGCAAAGGAAAACCUUUCUCUCUCUCUCUCUCUCUCUCUCUCCCUAUCCACUCUGCCUGUCAAAAAAAAUAAAAUAAAAUAAAAAAAUAAACCCAGUCUUCGAUGAAUUCCCAUAGAUAAUGUUCCAACGAUCAUGAGCACUCAACCAAAAAUCACGAAAUGUAAGAGAAAACAAAUCGCCAUGAAUGAAAAACAACAAGAAUGUUGAGUGACAGAGUAAGACCAAUUAAAAAAAAAAAGGAUAGUAGAAUGACUAAAAUAAGAAUGUUCAAUAUGUUAAAAGAAAUAAAAGAGGAAUUUGAAAAUAAGACUAAAAAAAGCAAGAGUUUCCCAAAGUUGUAUAAGCAGGUUUAAAAAAAAAAAACAAAUGCUUCUGGAAAUUAAAACUAUAGUGCUCAUACUUAGAAGCCCCAUGAACAGAUUAAUUAGACACAAACGAAAUCAAUGAGAAGUAAAAUAAAAUGCCCAGACUGUGACCCCUGCGCUGCCCUGGGCUUUCGCAUGUGUGGGAAGAGCCUGCCCGUGCAGCACGUGGAGCAAGGAGCUGGUGUUGUAUGAAGGCUGAUGGGGGGAGCAGACUGUGCCAGGGAAGAGGAAGCCGCUGAGGGAGCAGGUGGGGACGUGAGGUGAGAGCGCACCGGCCCCAGCAGGUGGGCGGGCUUGGAGGCCUGUGCUGCUGCGCCUGCCCCCUGGAGCCCCAGAGCCUGACUGAGUGCAUGGUUACCGGGGCAACCAGGGGCAGGGACAGCGUGAAGGAUCAAGACCCAGGAAAUGAAGAAAUACUAAAAGGUCCAAGAGCCUAGAAAUUGCGGGAAAGGAGACACUUUGAGGAGCAAAGGGCAAAAGUGAAGAGCCAGGCAGGAAAGGGACCCGUCUUCUGCUGUCUUCUGUCCAGGAGACAUCUGACCAUGGUCAAGGACUGGGCACGGCUUCUCAAGGAAGUAGGUGGAUGUGAUCCUUUAACAGUGAGGGAGAGGAGGAGGGGGAGGGGCAGAGGGAGCCCUGGCCGGCUCUGGACAGAAACCCCACGAGGGGCUGGAAACCCCGAAAUGCAAACACUGAGAGCUGCUCAUCUCAGGUUUGGGCUGGACAGGGCUCCCAGAACGCAGCGGGCUGUUGAAGAAACAGGGGCCUAAGUGGUCUGAAAAGCGAGUCUCAAAGGAGCCCACGUGCCCGGGGGUGGGGGGCGUAUACCAGAGGAAGAGGGCUCGGCUCCGGGACCACGUGUGUUGGGCAUGAGGCAGUAAGAGAGGCUGUGGUCCGAGAAUGAAACACCAGCACAAGGGAUUCAAAGAUGCGGGGUCCCGCGUGGCUCUGAGAGAGAAGAUGCCGCGGCGCGAGUGCUGACGUGGAGCAGAGCCAAGUCAUUAGUGCUGGGGUUCAGCUCGGGGGGCCAUGGAUCCUCUGGACACCGGCCUUGCCCAGGAUGAUGGCCGAACGUGAGACAGAGAGGGUGAUGGAGAGUCGGGGAGAGUCCCCGAGAGCAGCCGUGAGCAGCCACUCCGGGAGGGGCAGGGCUUCCCGGGAGGAGGGCUGGUGGCUCAGAAGGCAGUGCCACCCCUCCUGAGGGGAGGGGGUGCGAGAAUGAGGAAGGGCCUUAGGGCAGGCGGACUCAGAGGGUCAAGGUCAGCAUUUGCCUUGCCACUCAGAGCUAUGACUCAGUCUCUCUGGGACUGCGUACCUCCCCCCCACCCCCCGGUGCCCCGGGCUGUUGCCCAGUACAUGUUUGAAGGCAGAGGGAGGA